GCUCCUGGCUGGGCUGGCGGCCAUGUCUCUGUGCUGCCAUGGCAACGGGGCCUGACACUCUGCUCCUUCCCUUCUGCGGCCAGGGAAGGAGCAAGGAGCCCCCGGGCUGCUCCAUGAGCAGGGGCUGAAACUGGGACCAGCGUGUGGAUCCGCUGCCAGGAGCAUUGAGGCCCGGAGGGUCGCUCUCCUCCCCGUAAAUCCAAGCACCGGCCCCAUGCAGCCGGUGGGGGCUGUGCGCCUCGUUCCCCUUGGUGAUGUCUACACGCAGAUCUUUGAAGAUGAGGUAAAGAACAGCAAAAGGACGAGGCAGGGAAAAGCUGAGUUAGUUGUGCUGCUCAGCUUGUUGGCUUCUAAAGUGGUGGUGGGAAAGCAGAGGUGAAUGUCAGCUGUGCUGGUUUUGUUUGCUUUAGCAGAAAAUAGUUACCUUCAGCAUGUCCUUCCUGGUGCAUCUGAGUGUUUGUGCGUCUUCACUGGAUACCAAGACAUAUUAAAUGCAGAAUCAUAACACAAUGUUAUAAGACAAGGCCUAGUAAGCCAGAUGGAUUUUCUGUCUCUGUCAUUGACUUUCCUUUUAACCAUUCCCCAGCCACGCAAUUCAGUUUGCUCCAAUUUUCCUGAGAGGGGACAGUUAUUUUCUUUUUUUCUCAUUUUGAAAAUAGUAUUGGAUGAAAAUCUUCAUGCAUGUGCUAAAUAGAAUUUAUUAUUUUAUCAUUCUCUUCUGCCACCUUUACCCCACUGUUUUUAUCAAUAAUUUUCUUAUUCUCUGUUCGGUAGCUUUGGAAAGAAUUCUAACUUUUGAUUAUGGUUUUUUGAAGGUUCAAUUAGUACGCUCUUUGGAUGAAGUAAGGAGGAAGUAUAGGGCUUCUAUAAAGAGCAGAAGGGUCUCUCUGGUUAGGGAUUCAGAAACUUCGACUGAGGUAGAGCCGUUACCGUGUAACCAGCAGAAGGGGGCUGGAGGAGUGCCCUACGAAGACUUCCCAGCAAGGCCACCACCAUGCAGGGAAGCUACGACAUUUCAAAAGGCUUGGAAAAGUGAAGAUAUAACUGCAGCUGAGGAAGUCAGAGCCCUACCUGAUUUUGUUGUUCCCGAGGAAACCAGGAGCAAUAUCACGGAACUCCUGUCAGAACGCAGGCAAGGCCGUCAUGAUGAAGCAGUAACCUUAAUGUAUCAUGAGCUUGCUUGCAUUGCCAGGGAAAUAGAACCCUUGAUUUUGGAGCCUGGAAAAUUGUUUUUGACAAAACUGAUGGAAUCUGAUAGAAAAAUUGAAAUUCUGUUUACAAAGACUGAUGCUACUGUGGAAGGCUUCCCAAUUGAAGGUUUGGAAGAACUGUGGACCACCAUUCAGCAGGAAUCCUUGGCCAGAAAGAAGUGCGUAAGGGAAUUGGAUGAAACCCUAAAAAAGGUUGAAUGGAGUCGAACUGACAAAAUAACAGAUGUACUAAGGAAGUACACUGUGAUGCUGGAGGAAAUUUCCUUCUUCUUACCAGCUGAUAUUUAUAGGUUCAUAAACAAUGAGGCUAUGCUGAUUAACAGAGCACUGUUGGCUAACCAGAGGGCAAUUUCCAAGCUGUUCUUUAAUCUAAUGAAAUCAGAGAUGAAAAGGGAAUUAUCAUUUCGACUGAAAUGGAAAGACAGAGUCAAGAACUGGAAGCUCACACAAAAGAACUAUAUAGUUCAGAGUUUCAGAGAAUUUGUGGUAAAUGAAGAAAUACAGAAUCCCCCAGAGGUGAAAACAGAAAUGGAAACUAUGAUAAAUGGACAGAUUUUACUUAAUGAUAAGAGACUGGAAAUUCUGCAGCACCUUGUUGAUUUGUUGCCUCCAGCGUGUACGCAAGAUGAAGUUAAUGAAUGGUACAAAUCUUUGGAGAAUUUAAACCAAAGUAUGGAUGCCCACAAUAGGCAGUGUAUGAUGAAAAUUCGUACCCAGCAUGAGACAGUCCAGCAAAAAUGUUUGGCAGAAGUGCAGCUAUACAAGAAUAAACUGUUGAAUCUGAAUGUUUGCACACAAAAGGAGGCUGAAGAAAUCGUGAAUUCUGACUUCCUUCAGUGGACUGAGAAACUACAAAGUCAGUUUGAAGAAGAACUGAAGAAUAUGGAUAGAGACUUUGAGGAGCUGGCUAAACAGAAUGAGCAGAACUGUAGAGACCUGUACAGAUAUUUUCAAGAGGCCAGUAGUCUCUGGGAUGUCCAUCAACUCGAACUGUCCAAGCAGGAAGGUGAACUUCAGAAGAAACUAGAUGAAUGCAGACAAAAACAGAAUAAAUUAAUACAGAUGAUGGAAAAUAAUCUGGAUAUAAUUCUGCAUAAAAUGAGAACAGCGAGCUCUGAAAAAAAGCUGAAGAAAUCUUUGGAGAAUGCCCUUUCUUCUUUGAAUGACAUUAGAGCUAGGUAUGAGACAUUCAACAAAGUUCUGGUGGAUAAAGUAACACCAUACCCAGAAGCUAUUUUGCAGGAAUUGAUUUCUUACAGUGUAUCUAUCAGCAAAUAUUUUAAUGUAAAAGAAAUCUUCAAACAGAACUUGGAAGGAAAAAUAGACUUCGUAUUUCAAGGUCAAGUUGAGGUUCUGGAAGCUGAAAGUCUGGUGGAGCAACAAGCUGAGAGUGUUGUGCAAGAAAAUGAAGAAAAUCAGAAGAUGGAUAGCUCUCAACAACAAAAUGAAGAAACAAACAGAGCUGAGAAUGAGGAGAUCUUUGCGUGGGAAACUGAAGAAACAGAGAAACAAGAAGAUGGGGAGAGAAUUUUUCAAGAGAGUGAUGAAACUGAUGAUAUAGAACAGGCGGAUGUGUUCAAGAGCAGCGAGGUGAAAAUCUCUGAAAUUGCUACUGAGACUUUUUCCACUUCAAGUGGAAACAUUUACACAGUUCUUGGAGCUGAAGAGGCAGAAAAGACUGACAUCCCAGAGAGUUAUUUUACAAAGUAUGAGGAAGAAGAAUCACUUCCUGUGUACCUGGAACAUGUACUUAUCAAAGAAAAUGUAUUUGUAGAGCUGAAGAAACGGAUUCGCCUCUGCUUUUUUGAACACUUGGAGAAAUGGUUUGCAGAGUCCUUAUCCAAUUCCUGGGCUACUGUAGCUGCCAAGGAGGAGGAGCUGAAUUCAGAACUUCAGCAGCAUCUUCUCUUGCAUCAGCAAAGGCAGGAGAAUAUAGAGACAAAUAUCUACAAUGUUAGAGCUGCGGAGCUAUUACUUCAUGAAAAGCGUCUCGAGUGCCACUGUGCAGGUGUGGUGGAAGCUCUGAACAAGGAGAGAGCUGAAUUCCUCAAAUUUUGCGAUCAGCAAAAUGACAUCAUCAAAAACUUAAAUUCUCAGAUCCAUGACAUAGAAUCAGUCUUCCUCACUGCUCCUAUGACUGAGAAGUUGGUUUCUUUCAGCAACAGUCUGCACUCAGAGCUCCUUAAUAAUCUGGAAGUCAUCCAGGUUUCCCUGAGGAGUUAUCGGAACUAUUUGGAGGAAGCUGUAGGAAAAUUAAGAGAUUCAAAUGUGGAUUUUCUCAAAGCUUGCAGAUUAUUUAGUGAAGGAGGCAAUUUUUCUUCUGAAGAGGUACAGUCUUUCAGCAAGCAUCUUCAGAAAGAAAGUGAACGUAUUAACUCAUUCGAAAAGUUAAUCAUGGCUGAUAUGGAGAAAAUGGAAUCGAGCUGUUUGGAGCAGGCUACUGAACUUAUCAACCAGGCUGAAACGAAGUUCCGUUAUCUCUUUAUGAAUCGAGUCUUUAUGGAGAAGAUCCGGCAGCUUCUGACAAAUUUGCAGCUGCAAAUCAAAUCAGAGGUAGCAAAUUCCAAUUUACAGGCAGUGACAUUAAAAUCCUACCUGGAGAAACUCCAUCAGAAGAUAGAUACUUGUGCUCACUCUACUGCAGAUAAAGAAGCUUUGACUUCUGAAGAGUUGUACAACUUUACCAAAGUACUGUUGAAGGAACUGAAAAAGAGGAGCCAGUAUCUCGAUUGCCUGCUAGUCGAUACAAGAAGGCUGUAUGAUAAUGAGCACUUGAUACCUCCUGCAGCAGAGGUUACGUUACAAGGUCCAAUUGCUCUUGCCCUUCGAACGGAGUGUCUCAGAGAUGAGAAAAUAUUGACGAUGAUGGGGCUGGAUCCUGUCAAGUUUCCUCUGUUAAAUCCAAGCAGAAUGGGAAAGUCUGCAGUUGAUGAUUUAGCAGUAAGCGUUAUCCAAAAUUUACUGGAUUUCAGAAUUAAGUCAUCCUGGAGAAAAUCUUCAGACCGAAAUCCGGACAGAAAUGUUUUCUCACAUUCAUUAGGACCAGCAAUUCUUCCCACACCGAAGAAUUCUCACUUAAAUGUAUCUGAUGGAGGUCCUCAGAACUCUGCUACUUACAGGUGUGCAGCUCGUGUCCCCAAGAAGUCAUCUAUUAGCAAAAAGAUGCCAAGAGGAAGCAUACAGAAACACACUAGACCAGUUCUCAAUGAUAAGAGAUACCAAAUAUUUGGAGAGAAGCCUCCUGAAUCUGAUACUUUUAAGGGGAUUAUUAUGAAUAUUCUCUGGACAGGUAAUAACAACUUACUUUGUCUUGCUGAGGAGUUCUACCAAAAAGAGAAGCGUCAAAUGCCAAUGCCUGAAGAUAUCCCAGAGACAUUUGAACACUGUGUGGAAAUGUUCAGACAGAAUCUAUUGUCAUACCAAAGUCAGACAGACGAUUACUACAACUCCUGUCUUAAAGAAUUUCAGGAUCAGUUGAAAUUGUUUGAAGAGGAACUCCCUUAUGUCUCUCAGUUGGCGGUUGAUAGUCUUUUAAAAGAACAUGAGCAGAAGUUCAGCAAUUCUACUGGUAACAUUCGGCACCUCUUCAAUAAACAGCUAGAAGACUGGGAGAGCAUGAAGGUGGUGCACAAGAAUCAGUUAUGUCCCUCCCUGGGGCAUCCAGACAACUUGCUUCAGCUGGAAGCUUUGUGCCAAGAGGAAUCAAAAAGGCAAAAAGACCAAGCUGAUGGUAUUCAUCUCAACACAGAGAUGCUUAGGGGCUGUGCUAUUGAGUGUGCUCAGAACUUUGUUUCUGCACUAGCUGCCUUCACAGAAAAGCUGCUUCUGGAAUUGGAUGAAAGUAUCACGAUUGAUGACAUACAAGUACCGAAUAGUGAAAUACCAAGGGAAAAGACAUCUGUGUUAAUCCGUUGUAAAGAAGCUGGACUUCCUCUAGAAAUCUGCAAAGUUGAACAGUUAAUUGAACGUGGGAGCAGGACUUGGCCAGGAAUACCCAUGACCACUCUUACAGACAAUUCAGACUAUAUUAUCUGCAAAGAAACUGCAUCAGUUACAACAGCAAAGACUACGCUGGGCCACGUAGCAGCAGUAGAAGCAAGAGAUGCUGUAUAUAAGAAAUACAUGUAUAACUUUGAGCAGCAGUUUGCCCAGAUCAAGAAAGAAAGUACAUCUCAGCUGGUGACAGUUCAUCACUGGGAAAAUUGGUGGAAACAGUCCAUCCAGAAGAUUAAGCAAUUCUAUAUGUGAUCAGUCAAAUCUUGUUAAUGUUCUUAUUUGACAAAUAAAUGUACUCUUUAACAGAGAGAAAGUUA